CGCCUCGCUCAGGACGCUCGCACUGCUCGCACUGUACGUGUGGGAAUCGCGAUUCCACUCCAUCAGCUGGUCUCGCAUCCCAGAAUCGAUUUUUUUAAUUCCAUCAAAUUACAGUAUUUCACGUCUCGAGUGUUCCGACUGCUCAUUUCCCCCCCCCUCCCCCCACCUCUACAAUCCUCAAACGUAUGAACAUCCUAAGACGAGGCGGGUCUCACGCGCGAGCGAACGGAGUCGAUGCCCGCGCAAAUUCGUGACUUAACGGAAUCGAGGAGUCGAUAUCCGUGCACCGUGAGCGUCGCGUUCACGAGAGGCAGCGGCAGCAGCAGCAGCGAGAGCCGGCGGUGUGAGCCCGCCUCCCCGGGGGCCACCCGCAUUCUCACCGUCGCCACUACCGAUGCUGCCAUAGCCCUUACUACUACUACAACGGCUGUCACCGCUGCUGGUAGCUCCGCUGACUCCGCGUGGUGGCCGGUCGGGGCCCUGGCGCUGGGCCAGCGCCUCCAUUUUGAAGGCUGCGGGCUCACUUUUACGCAGAGGCUUGCUGCUUGAAAUCGAGUUUUAUUUGUGAUUAACUCCUUUAUUUAUUCACUCUGUUGGCCCGCUCGUCUUCGGCAAGCGACUGUCAACGUCGCCGAGCACGGCGUGAGCCUCGUGUGCGUCGUCCUUGUCGACCUGCUGUUUGCCCUGCGCGCGACCAUGGCGUGCGCUGGUUGCCGGUGGACGGGACGCGUGGUGGUGCGAGGGGCCCUGGCCCGCGGCGGGCAGGUUUUUGGUUCAACGCCACGAGUGCAUUCUGGCCGAACACCGAGUCCAGGGCAGAUCUUCGCGUUCCGUGCAUUUCCUGUCCGUGUGUUCUCGAUCUCCACGGUGUUGGAUAAACAAAAAGACACAGACGGCACAGGGAAGGAGCCCGGUGUGACUGAAGGGAGUAAGAAACCUGUAGGAGAUUCGAAUGGAGGGAAGAAGAGCGCAGGAGCCUCUGGAACGGGCGGAAGCAAUCAGCUGCGCUGCCCCAAGUGUGGCGAGUUGUGCACUCACGUGGAGACCUUCGUGUCGUCAAGUCGGUUUGUCAAGUGUGAGAAGUGUCAUCACUUUUUCGUGGUGCUCUCGGAGACGGACUCGCGCAAGAGCUUCAAGGAGCCCGAGUCGGCAGCAGAGGCAGCCAAGCUAGCCUUCCAGCAGAAGCCCCCGCCACCGCCCAAGAAGAUUUAUGACUUCCUGGACAAGUUUGUGGUUGGGCAGUCGUACGCCAAGAAGGUGCUGGCCGUGGCUGUGUACAACCACUAUAAGCGCAUCUACAACAACAUCCCCGCACCCGGUCGUCAAUCCAGCGAGGGUCUGGAGAGCAAGCAAGUUCCACUUUCCCCGCGAGAGCUAGAAGUGAGGAGAAGAGAGGAUGAGUACAGGUUUGCAAGAAGGCAUAGGAGCAGUAGGAAGGGCAGGCUAGGAUGGAGAGGGCAGCAACAGCAGCUCACAUUUCAGGAGCUGUUGCAGAUCUCUGGGAUCGGCCUUCACAGCAAUGCGCUGGGGGCGUCGGCGCAGCAGCAGGCGGCGGCGGCCGCGGCGGCGGCAGCAGCGGGGACCGGUCAGCAGCCGGGGGGGGGCCCGGCGGCUGCAGCAGCAGCGACGGCAGGAGACAAGGGGCCGGAGGGGGGCCCGGCUCCGCCGCGCGAGCGCCGCGCCAGCGACGUGCUGGACGCACCCAUGCACGACAUCCGCCUGGAGAAGAGCAACAUCGUGCUGCUGGGCCCCACCGGCUCCGGAAAGACCCUGUUGGCUCAGACGCUGGCUCGAUGCCUGGACGUUCCUUUCGCCAUCUGCGACUGCACCACAUUAACACAGGCGGGCUAUGUGGGAGAAGACAUCGAGUCUGUGAUCGCCAAGCUGCUGCAGGACGCCAACUACAGCGUGGAGAAGGCGCAGCAAGGCAUCGUGUUUUUGGACGAGGUGGACAAGAUCGGCAGUGUGCCAGGCAUCCACCAGCUCAGGGAUGUUGGUGGGGAGGGUGUGCAGCAGGGCUUGCUAAAGAUGCUGGAGGGGACGGUGGUGAACGUGCCCGAGAGGAAUUCUCGCAAGCUGCGUGGAGAAACUGUGCAGGUGGACACCACCAACAUCCUGUUUGUGGCCUCCGGAGCCUUCAAUGGCCUCGACCGCAUCAUUAGCCGCCGCAAAAAUGAGAAGUACCUGGGCUUCGGCACGGUGAGCGUGGGCGCUGGGCGGCGCGCGGCCGCCGACGCCGGGCGGGCUCACGGCAGCGCGAGCGGCGACGGCAGCGCCGUGCAGGAGCAGGAGGAGCGCGACCGGCUGCUGCGCAACGUGGAGGCGCGCGACCUCAUCGAGUUCGGCAUGAUCCCCGAGUUCGUGGGCCGCUUCCCUGUCGUGGUGCCGCUGCACUCGCUCGAUGAGGCCAUGCUGGUGCGCAUCCUCACGGAGCCGCGCAACGCGCUCAUCCCACAGUACCAGGCGCUCUUCAGCAUGGACAAGUGCGAACUCACCGUGUCGACGGACGCGCUGCAUGCGAUCGCUCGUAUGGCGCUCGACCGGAAAACCGGGGCACGAGGUCUGCGCUCCAUCAUGGAGACCCUGCUGCUUGAUCCUAUGUUUGAUGUGCCGUGCUCGGACAUCAUGGGAGUUCAGCUGGACCAGGAUGUGGUGGAUGGCAAGAAGCAGCCCUCCUAUAUAAGAGCGCCUCCCAAGGACUCGACGGAUGAUGACUGUGACUCGGGGGUAGAAGAUGACAAUUGGCAGCGACAACGCGAUGCUGCUAACAACUGAAUGCUUUACAGAUGCCUGCUCCACAGAGCCUGUUAGCACUACCCUCUGGCAUAGCUAUAAGCUCCCCUUUCGUAAUCGGCCCUGAGCCAUAUAGGGUUAAACAAUGUUCUCUUCCACCACAGGUGUUGUUUUUCAAGUGUCAUUACAAUGUAAACAAUUCACAAGCAGUACUUUAUUCUUAUCAGAGAAAAAAGGCACGAUCUAUGCAUUGUUCAUUUGUUUUCAAAAUAUGUCACUGCAUUACCAAAAAUUACAUUGCUAUAUCAUUAGUGUCCUACUGUUCCAAUUAUGAGUACUAAACAAGCAUUGGACUGAAUAUACUUAGCAAUGAUGGCAUACAGUGGUGAAAAUUACUUUGUAAUUAAGGUACUUUAUUUCAUCACCCCUACUCAAGUCCGUAGAGACAUCAUCUAGCCACAAUGGCCUAUGUGAAGCUUUGUUAUGGUCUAGGUACGUCUCGGUCCCUUUAAUGUAGAGCAGAAUAUUUUUGCACUAGAGUGCAGGUUAAGAUAUGUAUCCAUGCCACAGCAAGCAGCGUUGUAAAAUAAUAUUAUUUUAAAAUAUUUUCACUGUUUUUCUUUUAAACUUAAUGUGUUCAGAAUAUUUUCUUCUGUAUCCAGGGUUUCAUAAAUAUCUGUAUACCUGGAUUUUCAGAACUGUUGGACUAUUGUUUAUUUUUUGACUUUUGGUCAUCCAAUGCUCUGUAGGUCUCCAAAAGGUGCAUUGUAAAUUGGGACUUGUCAGUUUUAAAUAUAUUCAAAUGAAAUUGGUUUUGAUGUCCACAUGUUUUCUUUGCAGCCUCAAUUGCGGCUGUGUACUUUGUGUUAGUAAUACCGAUAAAAACGUGUGCCACAUGCAAUCCCACCCAAUAAGAACCUUGAAAAAGUAGGCAACAAAAAUACUUUAAGAAUUAUAUUUAGAGGCACAGUUCCGCCAGGGUUGUAUUAAAAAAAAAUACAAAGCCUUUUCCCCACAUUCUUUUCCUUUAGUGAUAUUGUACAAUUGUACACGAUGUGAAAAUAUGGACAGUUGAAAGAAAUGCCUUUUUUCUGCACACAUUUAAUUUGAUUGACAUUUGUGUUGAAAAUACGUGGCUAUUUAGUCCAGACAUUUGUUUUGAAAUGUUGCAUUUUUUUUUACACCAGUAAUUCCCAUCUUCUUAAGUGGACUGUGCAAACCAGAGUAAUUAUGUACACUGACCUUUUCUCCGCAAGCAUUGUCUUGUUUUGUCAAAACAGAUGAUUAAAUGUAAAAUAAGAGUGGUGCUUCCGGACAUUAAGGAACCCACAGUUUGUCACAAUUUACCUAAAUGGGUAGCUUGGGUGUUGAGUCGGUAAGCUUGGUAGGGUGAUGGUUUCCCGUGGGUAAAAAUCAAGAACCACAUUCACCAAAAAAAUGUUGAGAUAAAAAUGUCAGAACAAAAAUGCAAUCCGAAAUAAAAUGUCAGUAAUUUUAUAAUAGGUGCAUUUAGCGGGUUACAAUAUCAAAGAUGUUAGUAACAGGGAGUGUAUGCUUUUAAUAUUCAAUUUUCAAAUUGGUUGUUAAUCUAAACGAGGUUGUACCGAUGGUCUAGGUGAUGUUUGUAAAAAGAAACCUAUCAAAACAUUUGUACGUUUGACGGAUUUGCAUGCACACUGCAUCAUCGUGGUUUCCAAUGCUGUAAGUUGAGAGCAGGUGUGGGAUACUCGUAAUGAGACUGCAAUUUCAGACGAUGGAGGAGGCGUUUCGGCUGCGCAAACUUUGUUCAGUCGUGAGACCUCGAUUUGAAAGUUUUCUCACGGUGCCAGGACAAUCGUGUGGAAGCAUUCAAAUAUCGCGUUCUACGCAAGUGCUGCAGUGAUUGUAACCACGAUUGGUUUUCAGCUCACUUGGUAGGCAUUUUAUGAAUAGUACUUUUAUUACACAAAAGUGACCCAACAAAUGUAAAACGUUUAGUGUUGCACUAGCGAGGAGUGUGUUUGAAGUUACAGUCGCUGUUCUGUUUCAAAUUAACCAAUACUUUUUCCCAAAGGUCAUCUCUGUACUUUAACGUGUACAUGCAAAACCACAGGUUUAUUGUGUAACUUAUAUUUUACCCCCAUUGUGAAGGUGGUUUUAAUUCUUACUGUUGGAGCCUGUCAUGAGUAGUAUGGCAACUAAAAGGUUUUUCUGAGUGAAAGUAUUUCAUUCAAUUUGUAUGUAGCUGGACAAAUGGUUUGAUUUUGGUGAAUUCAGUGUUAUACACAUGCAUCUCUUUAAAAAUAAAAAGCUGUGCAUGUAAAGCUCAUGUAUAAUGCUUUUUGUACUGUAAAAAGGUGCAAUAAAAUUUAGCUGGUUUAAUAUUGAA